CACUAGGAAGUAAAAACUGUUUGACAUACAUUUUAAGUAGUUUUUCCAUCGCAGUUGUCAAUCAUAUUUUUGUGCAGAACUGUGCGUAAUUUGCGGAGACUCGGUACUCUUCUAUAAUUAUAAGAAAUGCUGUGCCGUCAUAUGGUUGCCUGGCGCUCCUUUGUCUAUAACAACAAUUUGUAUUCGAUUGGGCGAAAUGAUUUAGACUUUUGGCGCUGCUCUCCAGCUGCAUUGAGACGCUGUCCCAGUGCAUUGCAUCGCAUCAUGGACUUUGCCAAUCGUGAUCUUUCUGUGAUGAUUAAUUUCAACAAGCAGCAAUUGCUGGAGAUGUUUGUCACGUUGCAGUCCCUGUUGCAGACCAUCGAUCUCCGGACCGUCGAGUUUCUCUACGAGAUGCGGAGCCAUUUGGGUCCAGCAGCUGAUCAGUUUGCCCAUGAGCUAAGAAGCUUUGCCUACUCACCGUUCGAUAGCAUCAUCAGCUUUGAUUGCAAUACGAAAUAUGAGGCCAGAAAAUUAACCCAUUUUAAUGCGAGCGAUUGCGGCUUAGCCGAUGACUUUGAAUUGCUGCAGGGCAUCUAUAGCUUACCGCAAUAUGUACGCAACUUGCAGUACGACGAUGACUUUGAUGUAUUCUCUUCGGAUUUUGAUGUCGAGGAUGAGGAUGCCGACGUGCUGGACGAUUACAGCAAUAUGUUUGUGCUGCAAGCACCGGUACUCAAAGAGAUGCGUCGCAUCCUCAAGAGCCGCAGUCUUAAUCCCCAGCAGUAUCCCAUGGCAAAUCCCACUGCUGCUGCUGUGGCCAUAAUUGCAGAGGACGCUGCCCGCACUUUGAUCAAUCGUCAGCCUGCGCCUGCUGCGCAAUCUGCGCCUGCUGCGCAAUCUGCUCUCAGUCCACGUCCUCCCGUUUCAGCACCACCAGCAGUAAGUUCGGCGAACAGAAAUGCAGACACGGCACAACAAUCGACAUUCCUUAGAUCUCCCAUACAAUUAAGAUCUCGAACUGCGGACACCAAGCGACGCAGAAACUUUGCGGAGGCACCUGAGUGAUUGUCUGUUGCACGUGGCAGGCAAAGAGGCAAACGAGUUUGGGGCCAAGGUUGAUGCUACAUUUGAACGCCUUUUGUGUAUUAUUAUGCACAUUUAUAAUAAAUAAAACGAGCUGAGCCGAGCGCUGAGCGCUGAACAAAGAAAA